AUGUGGAGUGCUGUGCUGGAGUCCAGCCCAGGGAGUUCUUUGCGCAUUAUUAUGUCCAGCCCAGCCAAUGCCGUCAUAGGGCGAUACGACCUCAGCGUACAGAUAUCUGUGAUGGGGCAUGUUUCCACAUACUCACUUGGGAAAUUUGUGCUGCUUUUUAACCCUUGGUGUUUAGAUGAUGACGUGUACAUGGCCAGUGAAGAAGAGAGGAAAGAAUAUAUCCUCAAUGACCAUGGCGUCAUUUUCAUGGGAAAUGAUAAGCAUAUUACUAACAUAGGAUGGAACUAUGGUCAGUUUGAAAACAACAUUUUGAACAUCUGCUUGGAAAUCUUAGACAGAAGCCUGAACUGUCAGAAAGAUGCAGCUGCGGAUUAUUCCCAGAGGAAUAGCCCUCUCUAUGUGGGCAGAAUUAUCAGUGCAAUGAUCAACAGUAAUGAUGACUUCGGUGUACUUGAGGGAAAGUGGGAAAAAGAAUUUUCAGAUGGGGCUGACCCAAACAGCUGGAAUGGAAGUGUUGAAAUUCUUUGGAAAUGGCAGAAUGAUAACUACAAGCCAGUGAAGUAUGGCCAGUGCUGGGUCUUUGCUGCGGUGAUGUGCACAGUCCUCAGGUGUCUGGGUAUUCCUACCCGAGUGAUCACAAACUUCAACUCUGCCCACAACACGGAUGGCAACAUGUGCGUGGAUAUGCAUUAUGAUACAGAAGGAAAAUUCCUAGAGAUCCAUGAUGACAGCAUUUGGAAUUUCCAUGUCUGGGAUGAAUCCUGGUUUAUGAGGAGAGACCUUGGUCAUUUCUACAGUGGGUGGCAGGUUCUAGAUCCAACUCCUCAAGAGCAGAGUCAGGGUGUUUAUCGUUGUGGUCCCACUUCAGUGGUUGCUGUAAAAGAAGGAGAUUUGCACUUAGGCUACGAUACUCCCUUCGUGUUUGCUGAGGUGAAUGCAGAUCGUGCGACCUGGGUCGUUCAAAAGGAUGGAAGCAAAGAGAAAGUCCACAGUGACAGUAAAUACGUUGGACAAGGCAUCAGCACUAAAGCAGUGGGUAGUGAUGCCCGUGUCGAUGUGACACCUAACUACAAAUAUCCAGAAGGUUCUCCACAAGAAAGAGAAGUGUUUGAGAAGGCAUCCAGAACUAUGACUUUUUCUUCCAUAAAUUCAUCAAAUCCUGGAUCUGGGUUUGAGGGGCCAGACAUCUCUGGGAAGUUUAAGCUUCUCAGUCCCCUUGUGGUUGGAGAUGAUAUUAACUUACUUCUGAUUCUUAAAAACCUGACUCCUUAUCACAGGCCAGUUAAGGUGAUUCUGAGUGCUUCUUGUGUUCUCUAUACUGGAAGAAGGGCAAGUGACAUCUUCACAGAACAGAAGUCUCUGAUUAUCAGCCCGAGUCAAGAUGCACAUAUCUCCUUGCAAAUUCCGUUCUCCCACUACAACAGAUGUAUGCGUGAAGGGAACAUGAUACAAGUGGUUGCUCUCUGUGAAUUACCUUUCGGCGAGAAGGUGUUGGUAACGAAGGAUCUGGUCUUGGAGAACCCACCUAUAGUUAUUAAGCCCCUUGGUACCGCUAUGCUGCACAAGUCAAUGACUCUGGAAAUCCGAUUUACGAACCCCCUUAAUAUGGCAAUCACUGACUGUACCUUGGUGGUGGAAGGCAGUGGACUCAUUGAUAGACAGCUCUCCGCAAUGGUGCCCUACUUGAAACCAAAAGAAAAAAUAAGAUUCAAGGUGGAGCUAACACCAUACAGAACUGGCACAAGGCAACUAAUUGCAAAUUUUAAAUGUAAAGAGUUUUCAAUUAAAGGAUACCAGCUCUUGAAAGUGGCAUCGUGGUAACCGACACUCAGUGGUGCACAUAUCUUUCUAUCAUGUUACACUUGGUAUAUUUAUUUAUACAGUACAUACAUUUUUAGGGCUCUUUAUUAAAGGGAAUGUAAUGCUUUAUAUAAAAACAACUCUGUACAUUGCUGCAUAAUGGUGAAUUAAAUUACCCUCACUUUAAUUCAUACUACGUAGAAGUAUUUUCUGUGUAAAGUGAACUAAACCCAAUAUUUUGAGGUGUUACAGAAGAUGAUGAACUGUUUUAUCUUUUUCUGACUACUAGAACAACUCCAUUUACUUAUAAAGUCAUUCAGAUGUUUCUCACUGCAGGCCUCUAUAUUUGUAUUAUUUCUGUUUGCAUCUCUUGUGUUAUUACGUAACUGCACAGUUAGCAUUAGUGGAUGCAGCAGCAGACAGUUACUUGUUGUAUGUGUGUUAUUACCGCAUAGUGUUAUGCUUCAAAAAUAGAUGAUCACAACAAAGUAAAAAAAUCAGGACUGUAUUCAUAUUUAGAUGGCAUGGGGCAAGGCACCCGAGGGGGUUAGUGGGUGGUGCUGACACAAAUCUUUCCCUGGACUCUGACUAGGUGUUUUGCAUGCAGCCCACAGGAUGUGACUGUGUGUAUUACAAGGGGGCUACAAGCAGGAAACUUUUUUUUUAUUUGUAGUCCUUGCCAUCAGGGGGUUUCUCAACCAACUAACAUUGCUGUGUUGUGGGGGUGUAGAUUAAUGGGUCGACUACGCAUUGGUCGACAGUCAAUAGGUCGACAGUAUAUUGUCGACAUACAUUAUGUUGAUAGGUACAAAAGAUUGACACGAGAGGUCAACAGUGCUUAAAAUCGACUGGUACAUAAGGCCAACAAGUGCAAAAGGUCGAAAUGAGGAUUGUCGACACACAAAUGUCUGACAUGUUUUUUUGUCACAAAUCCAGUAAUUUUCCUGUUAUCUGACCACCAUCAGUAGAAACUUCUACCCUAGUGGAGUCGCUUUGCUCUCUACAGCUUACUAUUCCCAAUAGAUGUUCACGUGGUAAGUAAAUAAAGCAGAUCUUGAAAAAAAAAAAAUUGUCGGCCAUUUGUGUGUAGACCAUUUUCAUGUUGAUUUUUGAACCUGUUGUCCUUUUGUAUCUGUAGCUGCUUAUCGCCUCCCCCUCCCCCCCUGGUUCCGCCCAUGCUAUAAUCCUGCUCUUAGUAAAGUGGGUUUCCUGAGCUGUAGCAUCUCCCUAUCAGUAAACUUGAUUGUACACAUGAUGCCUGUUAUUAUAAAAUGCUCAGUAUUCUCAUCCACAUGUAUGAGUGUAUUAGAGCAUUUCAAGUGUUUUAUAUUUUGGGUUUAGUCACACUUCAAAGAAAGCUAGAUUACAGCAAUGUUAGUAUUUGUUAAUAAUGUUUGUUAUAGACAUUUGCAUUAAAAUUUUUUAUUGCUUUUGCUAAUCUUAUGUCCCCUGUUCUAUAUAUUAGUACUCAUAGAGUCGAUGUAUUAUGUACAAAUAUGUAGCAUUCGGUCUUAACUAACAUGACAAAUACAAUGGAGAAUAAUAGUUAUUUAUUAAUUAUUUAAUGUUGAACAUUGUUACAUAAACGUGAGCAGUAAUGAGGCACAGCUGUUAGACUCACACAAUACUGAUUUUGACAAAAUCAAAAGCAGCGGUUCACAAACUUUCUUAAAUCAUGGAGCCCUAGAGUAUCAGCACCCCAACAGCAAAAGUUUCUUAUUGAUAAACUCAGCAAAAAUGAAGUCAAUUGUUCUUACGUGUCUUUCUUAGGUUCAGUUAUGUGGAGGUGGACAUGCUUGCACUUCUGUUUGUCCAUAUAGUUAAUGAUUGGCAGCAGCCACCAGCACUGGUUUUGCUUAUAACAUUGACCAAAAAUAAUUUGAUUUGGUACUAGUCUAGACCAUAGGUUCUCAAACUCGGUCCUCAGGACCCCACACAGUGCAUGUUGUGCAGGUCUCCUCACAGAAUCACAAGUGAAAUAAUUAGCUCCACCCGUGGGCCUUUUAAAAUGUGUCUGUGAGUAAUUAAUACACCUGUGCACCUGCUGGGUUACUUGCAAAACAUGCACUGUGUGGGGUCCUGAGGACCGAGUUUGAGAACCUGUGGUCUAGACCACCAAUCCGUGGUACCCCUGUAAGUGCCCUGAGGCACCCAGCUUGGGAACCACUGAUCUAAGGUAUUUAUAUAUGAUUUCUUAAAGGUGGAUUUAACCGUUGCAAAGAAUUAUUCUUAAUCAAUGACAACUAUAACUUAUUUAUAAGUAGUAAUUGGUCAUACUUUAUUUUUUCUAUAAUUGUAUAAAUAAAUGUCUACGUACGAUAGAUUAUUCUGUGUAAAGAACCUUAUUAUAUAUGUAUUUUUAUUUAUUAUUAUGAAUGGCACUGCAUAAGGCUUGUACUGCUUAUAUAAAACUUGAAUGUUUUCCAUAAAAUGACAGUGGAAAAUGAAGUGUGGGAUCAUUGUUUUACUUUACUAAAUAAAAA